AUGGCGAGCUCGAUUCGCGUGCGGCUGCAACACCACAAAGACAGGUUUGAUCUGACAGUGCCAGCCGAUGGCAAGGUGUCCGAAUUGUCGGUGGCGGUGGCGGAGUCUACAGGAGUAGCACCGAGCAGGCAGCGGCUGAUCUGCCGCGGGAAGGUACUCACUGACGCAUCAACAAUGCUCAGCGACUUGCUUCCAAAGGCUGGUAGUACAGAAAUCUCCGUGAUGCUGAUGCAGAAGGAGAGCCAGACGCAGCAGGCUCAGAGGCGCUGGAGCCAACUUCGGCACGUGGCCAUGGAGUGGCUUCUGACUAUCUGGGCAAUCCUGUACCGCUUCUUUCAUUCGCUCUUCGUCCCGGGCGCCUACGUGGGCAAGGGGCCCAAGGGUGGCAAGGCCCCCCAUCACCGCACCGACGACCUGGACCCUGGAGACCUGGCCCGCCUGGCCGCCUGCGGCGCGGGCGGCUGA